UUCUCCGUACUGAGGUGGAUGUUCUGUCACGAGUUCGGGCGCCCGGUACUUUCUGGACCGGCCUUUGGUUGCAGCAGCCGGCAAGCUUGAGGAGGGAGUAGGCUGAAAACAGAAAUCAUGGAGGCAGAUAUCACAGAUCUUCGAAGCAAGCUCAAAGAGUGUGAAAAUGAGCGAUUGAAAGCUGCACAGUAUGGCUUACAGCUUUUGGAGAGGCAAACUGAGUUGCAGAAUCAAUUGGAUAAAUGUCAUGAAGAAAUGAUGAGCAUGACUGAGAAUUAUAACCAAGAGAAGUAUGCCCUACAAAGAGAAGUUGAGCUCAAGAAUCGGAUGUUAGAAAGUUUGAGCUGUGAAUGUGAAACUCUGAAACAACAACAGAAAAUGCAGCUGGAACAGUUAGAAGUGCAGCUAAACAGAAGCCACAGGCAGGAAGUGAAUGACCUGAAAAAUAAGUUAGAAAAGCUGAAAGUGGAAUUGGAUGAAUCAAGGUUAAGUGAGAAGCAGCUGAAGCAGAAGCUGGAUCACCAGAAAGACAUUCUUGCUCACAAAUCGGAAGAGCUCCGCCUAAUGUCUGAGCAGCGCAAGCUUAAUAGCACGUCUUCGGAGAUGCUGGCCCUUCAGAUGGAGCUAACUGAAAUGGAAGGUGUGAAGACUGCUCUCAAAGAGGAGGUGAACGAACUGCAGUACAAACAAGAGCAACUGGAGUGCCUCAAUACCUCCUUAAUGCACCAGGUAGACCGGCUUAAAGAAGAAAAAGAGGAGCGAGAGAAGGAAGCAGUGUCCUAUUAUAACGCCUUAGAGAAAGCUCGAAUAGAAAAUCAAGACCUUCAGGUACAGUUGGAUAAUGCACUUCAACAAGCCUCGGAUCCCAGCAGUAAAGGAAACUCCCUCUUUGCAGAGGUGGAGGAUCGAAGGAUGGCUAUGGAAUGCCAGCUCAACUUGAUGAAAGUCAAAUAUCAGUCAAUGAAGAAGCAAAAUGCAUUCACCAGAGAUCAGAUGAACAAAAUGAAGGUACAAAUCUCCACAUUGCUGAGGAUGAGGGGAUCUCAAACCGAUUUUGAGCAGCAAGAACGGUUGUUUGCCAUGUUGGAACAGAAGAAUGGUGAAAUAAAACACCUUUUGGGUGAAAUUAAAAAUCUGGAGAAAUUUAAGCACUUAUAUGAAAGUAUGGAAUCUAAGCCUUCCACAUCAGCCAGCCCUUGUACUCUAGAUGACAGCACCUAUUAUGCAGAUUUACUUCAACUAAAGCUUGAUAAGUUAAACAAAGAAAACGAAGACACGAAAGGUGAACUAUCCAUACAAAGAAUGAAGGCAUUGUUUGAGAGCCAGCGGGCCCUGGAUAUUGAACGGAAACUGUUUGCAAAUGAAAGACACCUGCAGCUUUCAGAAAGUGAAAAUAUCAAACUGAGAGCUAAGCUAGAUGAAUUAAAGCUGAAGUAUGAACCUGAAGAGAAAAUUGAAGUACCAGUACUCAAAAAGAGGCGUGAGGUGCUGCCAUUGGAUAUAUCCACUCCAACCCCAGCUGCUGUUGAUGCCACUGGGGAAGAAGUUUCUAGACUACCACUUCAGAGAGAUGAGAAAGAGUCCUACCUUAAUAGCAUAAAUGAUAACCCUGUGCAGUGGCAACAACCAGCUACUUCAGCCGUUCAUCCAGUCAGCCUCUCUCCUUGCAAGACCCCACCUCCAGAUACGCAGCUGAAGAAGAAAUGUGUAAAGCUUGUGGAUAGUCCAGCCAAUGCUGAUGCCUUACGUGAACAGAGUGGGAACACCCCCAGAUCUCCCAGGUUAACUGCAGAAUCAAGGCUUCCAACAGAAGUGAAGGAAAGCAAAGAAACUACAAGCAAACCAGAAAAAGGAGCUUAUAAGAAAUCACACACCAUCAUGUAUGUGUCGGCAAAGUCAACCCCGGAGACACAGUGCCCACAGCAAUAGUGAGGAUUGCUGAAGACCUCCCCUGUGUGUAGGAAACCCUUGUGGAGCAUUUGCAUAAGCCAGUGCUAAGACCUGAUGUGCUUAUGCUUCUGUGACCAUAAGUGAUGGUCCUUUACAGAACUAUGAAUCAUAGUGAACAAACCAUUAUCAGAGGAAUUUUAUAAUUUAAACCUAUUUGCUGCACUGAGUCUGGAAUUUGAAAGUUAUAUGAUAAAUAAUGUACCUUAAGAACUAAAAAUUGGACUCGAGGACACUGAACUCGUUAGUUAUAUUUUCCUUUGUUCAUUUUUAUGAAUAAAUUUAUUUUCCCUGUCUUGUAAAAAUAGUGAAUAUUGCUUAAAAAUAUGUAUUAUUGCAAAAUGUUCUAAAGGCUUAAAGCACCUAUAUUAAUUCAUAUAUAAUUUAGAUUUUCAUGACUCUUCUUAAAUAAUUUUGAAAUUUAAAAUAAAAUUGCAGUAAUUUCU